AUGUUGAUAUCAGCUCACCAGGGAGAUGAGGUGAGCUGGAUGUGGGAAGCUAGAGACCCAACACAGCAACAGGGACCAGGAGGCAUCCAGUGGUUAGGAGAGGUUUCUACAUCAUCUGGAUUCUUUACUGUAAGGGCAGUAAGAGAUUAUGGAACUCUGACCAAGAUGGAUAGGAUGCACUGUGGAUGUGUCUCAAAUUCCUACUGGAUUCCAGGUUUGGCAUUCCCGGACUGGGCCUACAAGGCAGAGUCUAGCCCCGGCUCCCGGCAGAUCCAGCUAUGGCACUUCAUCCUGGAGCUGCUGCAGAAGGAGGAGUACCGUCACGUCAUCGCCUGGCAACAGGGAGAAUACGGGGAGUUCGUCAUCAAGGAUCCGGACGAGGUGGCCAGGUUGUGGGGCCGGAGGAAAUGCAAGCCCCAGAUGAACUACGACAAGCUGAGCCGGGCGCUCCGAUAUUACUACAACAAAAGAAUUCUGCACAAGACGAAGGGGAAGAGAUUUACCUACAGGUUUAACUUCAGUAAACUGAUCUUUGUUAACUACCCGAUGUGGGACAUAAGAUAUCCUCCGCCCGCGGUGCUGGGAAACAGUGUGUGCCGUACGGCUGCACCGCCACCUGGUGUCCAUAGGGAGGUUUUACAUAAUACCAUCCUUGCGCACAAGCUCCUGGCCGACCAACUCGCCUGCCGCAGGCUACUCCAGAGUCCAAUAGAUGACGACAGCAGCGCAAACAAGAAGGCGUUGGGAGUGGGCAGUAAGUCUGAACAGGCCCUGGCAUGUAUCUAA